AUGACGAACACAACCUCCUCUGUCAUUCCAAUUACCAAUCAAGAGAACAGCAAUCCAAGCAACAAAUUCCACCAUUAUUCCUCACCUCGACCCAACAUGUAUGCAUCUUUGACUCGAUUCGGUGCAUCUUCCCAGAAUGUAAAUCUCUCGAGUCAUAGAAGAGAGGUCCUGCAAGAACCUACUACGGAAUACCAACAAGAACAACCAUUGAUCCAUGGAGCUCGUCCAUACAAGAUACCCAUACGAGAGGAGUUUUCCUCACAGCCAUACAAUGAGUAUUCAUCUCCAUCGGGUUGUACCGAGCAUCAUUCCUUCUACUCAACAAGUGUCAUGUAUCCAAGUUCAGGUUAUGAAAGUCAUCAUGAUGACAGAAUACGGAUGAGCAACAACGGAACAUUGAAUUAUCCUAAAUGCCAACAACAACAACAGGUAUCGAUUCAUCCUCAGGAGGUGCUUGAUGAUGGAAAGAGAUAUCAUCCCUAUAAUUCAGCUGAGUUGAACAGGACCCAAGAAUACAAUCCAACUCUCCAUCGAUCAGCCUCCUCAUCCGCAAGAGCAAAAUCAACAAGUCCAUCAUUGGGGAACGACAUCCAACAAGCUGCAACCACAACCACCAGCAACACUCACCAUCUUCCACCCUCUAAAAUUGCAAAGAAGUCUUCCUCUUCCAAAAAGAAGGUCAUUAAGAGAAAGUAUCAAUACAAACAUUUGCUGGCAGCCGAGGCCAAUAAGAAUGGUAAUUCCAACAACAAGUCAUCAUCCAACAAUAAUGGUGCCAGCAAUCUUACGCCCAAUACUCAGUACGUGUAUGGUUUUGGAUUGUGGGAGGGUGGAUCCACCACACCUACAGCAACCACAACAACUUCAUCCAUUCAAAAUCAUCAUGAACCCAAUGUCCCUACUUUCCAUAUCAAUCACUCAACCACCUGCUCUUCUCAUCUCAAACAACAACGAGCUCAACGAAGAGCUGUUUCUUCCAUCACCAAACACGAAAUGCUCCAAGUGCUCCAUCUGACUCAACAAAAGGCUUCUCAAAUUCUCGGAUGUUCUCUCUCAACCGUUAAGAGAAGAUUCUACGAAUUGAAAGAUGAAAUUGGAUUGAACAAGUGGCCCCAAGACUAUUUAGAAUUGAUGCAUUUGGAGGUGUUUCAAAAGAUUUACCCCAUGUCCUUACAUUUUAUUUUGAAUCAUUCUUCGGAGGAAGAAGAAGAAAGGACAGUAAAGGAAAAUGAAACUGUCCAGAUGGCAUCUUGCUCAAGUUCAGGCAUGUCUACAGUCUCUUCGUCGAGGUCAACUCCCGUUCAUGAGGAAGAAUCAAUGAUGGCAACAAGUCUUUCGUGUAGAGUCUGA